UUGUGUUUUUCAUGCAGCAAGAGUAUUGAAAAUACCUUGCAAUCCUUGCCCAUAACCCAAAUUGGAAAUGGGCUGGAAUGGAAUUCUUCCUUCACCUUCUAUCCUCCUUAUUGCAAUGCGAAGAUGUACACUGCUGAGCAAAUAAGGGGCGUGGCACCAAGUGUCUGCAUGGCCAACCCAACGUGUCAACCAAAGAAACGAACAGGUCUCGGUCUCUCCACAAAAGGGUUGCUUCUAUUAACCUCUCUCAGAGUGCAAAUUCACAAAGCCAACUUGAAGAUGAAGCAUCAAUCCUCCAUUGCUAAUGAUGUUAUCCACAGAUGUGCCCAAAAAUUGGGUAUUUCUGUGGAGAAAUUGGUGGAAGAGUUUGAAGCGGGAUGGAAGCAGGAAAUAGGUGAUUAUUCAAGGAAAUUAGUGGAAUUUUGUUGCUCUAAGGCACUUACUGUAGAGUGUCCAUAUAUACAAGAAAAAAUCAUUGAUGGAUCAUUCAGCCGGUUGACGUUUGAUAUGAUGCUGGCCUGGGAGAUGCCCACUUCCCAGGAUGAAGAAUCUCAUAUGGAGCAAGUGGGGAAGGGAAGAGAAGACAGGAAGCUACCAGCAAAUGUUCCUGAAGAACAAGAUGACAUUCCUCUUUUCUAUACCGACCUUAUGCCGCUUCUUGUUAAUGAGGAGCCAAGCAUUGGAGAAGAUGCAUUUGUUUGGCUUGGAUCAUUGGUUCCGUUAGUUGUGGAUGUUGUUAAUGGAAGAUUUGCAUUUGAAACUCUAACAGCACCUACAGGCCACCGGCUCUUUUUUCCUGGUUACAAAAAGUUCUUACAAGAAAUUGACAAAUGCAUAAAGCAUUUGCAAAAGCAUGCAAAGCCCAAGGGAGUGGAGCUUGCCGAUGAUGAGUUUAUACUGCAUGUCGAAGGCACUGCAAGCUCACAGAGAGUAGUGCAGCAUGUUGGAGGAACAAGUUGGCCUGGUAGGCUUACUCUGACCAAUUAUGCUGUCUACUUUGAGGCUAUGGGAGUGAUAACGUAUGAUGAUGCACUUAAGAUUGACCUUUCAAAAAACAUAUCACACACUGUGAAGCCAGCCGCCACUGGUCCAUGGGGUGCUCCACUUUUUGACAAGGCCAUAAUCUACGAGUCUCCUGAAUUUUCGGAAGGAAUUGUGCUAGAGUUUCCAGAGAUGACAAGUUCCACAAGACGUGAUCAUUGGCUUGCACUCAUCAAAGAGGUUAUGCUAAUGCACCAGUUCUUGUCGAGUUAUAAUGUGGAAUGUCCAAUACAAGCAUGGGAGAUGCAUGCAAGAACAAUAUCUGGAAUCAUAAGGCUGCAUGCAGCUAGAGAAUUGCUUAGAAUAUCGCCCCCUUCUCCAACAAAAUUCUUAAUAUUUGCCUUGUUUGAUGAGUUACCCAAGGGAGAUUAUGUACUAGAACAACUUGCCGAGAGCCUGAAGAAAGUUAAUAGUGGGCAUCCAUGCAGCGCUUGCUCGAUUCUAAGAACAAUGAACAUGUCUCAGUCAGUGCUCCCAGGUGUAGAAGUUGAAGCAGUGGGAAAGGAAUGUACAAGUGCAAGUGGUCAAGACGACAUUCCCUCCUCAUUGGAGAGUGCUAUUAAUCAAGUAAGAGAGGAAGCAAAGGAAGUUGAAAUUGCCAAAGCUACUACUGAGGUGUUGAAAGAAGAAGGGAUUGGUGAAAGUGCGACCGUUCUGAUGGAGUUGCUAAAGCCACUGAAAAAUGUGGUGCCGUGGUUUCAAGAUGUCAUUUCAUGGAGAAGACCAGCCACCACCCUGACCAUGAUUGUUGCAUCUUUAGUUAUCAUCUACAAGGAGUGGGUUGGAAAGGCUAUAGCUGCUGGCUUGUUGUGGUUGGUGUUAAAGAUGAUUCUGGCAAGGUAUGGAAGAUCUCAAGACAAAUGCAACGAGGUAGUAGUGUGCAGUGGUUCAAACCAGAAAACUACAAUGGAGAGCAUAGUAGCAGCUCAAUUUGGUUUGAAAAAUGUUCAUGAGAUGAUGCAGCUGGCAAAUAUAUCGAUAUUGAAAAUCCAGUCACUUAUACACGCAAAAGCCCGCAAGCAAGCUGAUAUGGUGAUGGCGGCAAUGACUGUAUUGGCAAUAAUCUUAGCAGUGGUUCCCUUAAAAUACAUGCUCAUAGCCAUCACAUUACACAGCAUCAUCAUGACAUCAAAGCUAGGGAGGCACUUUGGAAAUGCACAAGGGAACAGAAGGCUAAAAGAAUGGUGGGAUUCAAUCCCAAUUGUCCCCAUUCAUGUGGUAGAAGACGCUUCUCAAUGCCCGUCAUAGUUUGUUAGCAGCCUUGGCUUGCUAUAAAAGCUACAGUAAUAACUGCUAGAAAUGCACCAUGGAUUAGUGUCUGCUGCUCAAGUUGGCAAACCUCCUGUGGCAUGAUUGAACAUUUCCUCUCUUUUUUUCCCUUUUAUCCGUUGGUUGAAGAAUGUAUUGCAGCAGUUGACAAACAGAAAAUAGCAUCAUCUAAUAAGGGUUUGAUCUUAUAGAACAUAGAAGAAAAGUAACAUGGCAAUGUACUUCAUAAAUGUUGCACAUGUAUUUCGGUUUUUGAUAUGUUUUUCAAUUUCUUGUGGCCAUCUUCAAUAAAAAGAAGCUUGAUGGACUUGCUCUCA